UGCAAUAAAGCCUCUUACUCUGUUCACAUCACAUCUGUGACUAUGUGAGGUCUGAAUGUGGAUUUCCUAAUUUUGCAUUGUGUUUGCCUUUUCUGGAGUUUGGAACCAUGGAGGUGUGCAUCAGGAGGUAUUUGCAAGAAAUCUGCAUCCUACUGCAUCUGACAGCUUAUGUGGCAGGCAUGACAGGAAGAUGCAGUCUGUUCGGGCGACACCACGUUCACACAUUUGAUGGGGUUUUAUACGAGUUUCCUGGAGACUGCAGCUACCUUCUGGCCGGCGACUGCAGCCAUCGUUCCUUCACGUUGCUGGGUGACUUUCUCAAUGGCAAAAGAACUGGAGUCACGCUGUUUCUGGGGGACGCCUUUGAGUUGCACCUGUCUGUCGAUGGACGGCUCUCACAAGGAGAAAAAAGACUCUCACUGCCCUACGCAUCUCACGCUGUGUUUGUGGGCUCAGAGCUUGGUUUUUAUAAGCUCUGGAGUGAGGAGUUUGGCUUCACUGUUACCAUUGAUAAUGCAGCCAACAUCGCCCUGACACUGACCAAACACCACGCCAACCGCACCUGUGGCCUCUGUGGCAACUUCAACACUGUGUCAGCUGAUGAAUAUACUGCUCAGGAAGGAUUCCUAACUGAGAACAGUUAUGACUUUGCAAAUUCGUGGGCAGUAAAGGGAGCCGGUCAGGCUUGUCAACGCGUCUCAGAUCCCACCCAAUCCUGUAACAGCACAAAAGCAACUUCAUCGAUUUUGUCCAGCUGCAGCGUGUUGCAGACCUCCAGCGUGUUUCUCCACUGUGCCCACUUGGUCGCUCCUGAGGCGUUCCUGUUGCUGUGUCAGCUGGAGGCCUGCCACUGUGCCCACGGGUCGGGAGAAGACUGUUACUGUCCAAUCCUGCUGGAGUACGCUCGCACAUGCCACGCUCACGGGAUACUUCUACGUGGCUGGCUGGAGGAGAGCCAGUGCUACCCCAAGUGUCCAAUUGGGAUGCAGUACAGUGAAUGCACCAAGUCCUGCUCUACAACCUGCCACAGUCUGAACAUCCAGGAGGUCUGCAAGGAAGAGUGUGUGGACGGCUGCACAUGUCCCGUUGGUAAGGUUUUGGAUGGUAACCGCUGUGUGGAGGUAUCUCAGUGUUCCUGCGCGCACAUGGGACGGCAUUUCCCUCCAGGAUCCACCAUCUCACAGGACUGCAACACCUGUGUGUGUCGUCAUGGUUCGUGGGAAUGUACCAAUGAAGGCUGCCCUGGCGAGUGCUUAGUGGUUGGACAGUCUCACUUCAAGACUUUUGACAACAAGUUCUUCACCUUCACUGGCCACUGUCAGUACCUGCUGGCAAAGGACUGCACACAUGACGAGUUCUCAGUCAUAAUUGAGAAUGUUCAGUGUGCAGAUGAUCAGGAUGCUGUGUGCACACGCUCAGUGACACUCAGUCUGCCCUCUCUGGAGAACAUGACAGUAAAGCUGAAGCAUGGAGGAGUUGUUUCUGUCAACAGCAUGGAUAUCCAGACGCCAAUGCAUCAUGGCCGUCUGCACAUCCAGAGAUCUGUUCAGACCUCUGUGCGUGUAAAGUUUGGGGAUGACCUUCGUCUGGACUGGGAUGGGCGGGGCCGUGUGCUUUUAAAGCUGGGACCUCGAUGGACGGGGCAGACCUGUGGUCUCUGUGGUAAUUACAACGGUAACCAAGGUGAUGACUUCUUGUCUGGCUCUGGACUGGUUGAGGCGGGACCUCAGGCAUUUGGCCAGGCCUGGAGGAUCAACGGAGAUUGCGAAUCCACUCACAAACAUGAGACCGAUCCAUGUGCCAUUAACCCCAAGAGAGUGCGUUUUGCAGAAGAGGCUUGUGCAGUGAUGACGUCAGACGUGUUCAGUCCUUGCCACUUUCUGGUGAACCCGGGUCCAUUCCAGCGGUUCUGUCGGUAUGAUGUGUGUGCCUGUAGCGACGGCGAAGCUUGCCUCUGCUCUGCUCUGUCUGCUUAUGCAGCUGCCUGCACUGCCAGAGGAGUGCUGCUCAACUGGAGGUCUCCAUCACUCUGUGAACUGGAGUGCACCGGAGGGCAGGUGUAUGAGGCCUGUGGGAGUGUGUGUGACCGGACAUGCAGCUCUCUGUCUGGAGCUGAGGCUGGCUGCCAGGGGGAGCGAGUAUGUGAGGAGGGCUGUUUCUGUCCCGCUGGGAAGUACCUGAGUGCCACCGGGGAAUGUGUGACAGCCGACCUGUGCACCUGCCUGCAUGAUGGACAGCUCUACCAGCCGAAUGACGUCUAUGCAGAUCACAACAGCAUUUGCUACUGUGAGAAUGGCGCCAUGCGCUGCAGUUCCACUGAAACAGCUUCACUGCUGUCUGACCUCUUCUAUGACGACGACCUGGCACCAUCCAGAGAGCGGCGGUCAGCUCAGUGCCCUCCUCCGCUGGUUCGUGCAGAGUGUGAUUCAGGCGAAAAGGGCCUGGAGUGUGCCAGAACCUGCCAGAAUCUGGACCUGCCUUGUGUCAGUCUUGCCUGCAUCCCUGGCUGCCUCUGUCCACCCGGCACAGUACGUCACCGCAGAGACUGCAUUACACCAGACCAGUGUCCCUGUUACCAUAACAACAGGCCGUAUGCAGCAGGAGAGACUAUAUCUGUGGACUGUAACACCUGCAUGUGUGAGAACAGAAAGUGGAAAUGCACAGAGAAGGUGUGCGACGGUGUGUGCCGCACUGUUGGGGAGGGGCAUUACAUCACUUUUGAUGGCCUCAAAUACUCCUUCCCUGGACUCUGCCAAUACGUCCUGGUCCAGGAUAUGUGCAAUGGGCAAGAGGGUUCCCUCAGGGUGCUGGUGGAAAAUGAAGCCUGUGGAGUUGUGGGACAUCGUUGUGCAAAAGCUAUCACAAUCUUUUACCAGGGCGGAUUAAUUGUAAUGCAGCAUGGAGAGGUAAAGAUGAAGAGGCCGGUGCCACAGGGCUCACAGGUGGAGAUUGUCCGAUCUGGUCAAUUUUACACCCUGCUGCUGGGGAAACACAUCUCCCUCAGCUGGGACAGGGGAACUCGCCUCCUGGUUCACAUCUCAGCAUCAUACAGGGGUCGGGUGUGCGGCCUGUGUGGUAACUUUGAUGGGAAUGUCAACAAUGACUUGAUGAGCAGUAACAACCAGAUGGAGGUGGACUCUUCGCACUUUGGGAACUCCUGGAAGGUUGUUCCCAGCUGUGCCGAUGUAACACAGAUACCUGCUCCUUGCAGCGACAACAUUGUGAGGUUGGUGACAGUGGAGCAGUCGUGCCGCGUCAUCACUGGUCCCCUCUUUAAAGAAUGCAACAGCCAGGUGGAUGCAGAGCCAUACGUAGAGAUGUGUGUGGAGGCAGCGUGCUCGUGCCCAUCAGUGGGCGACUGCGAGUGUUUCUGUGAUGUUAUUGCAGCCUAUGCACAGGCCUGCUCAGAGAGGGGUGUUUCCAUCAGCUGGAGAUCCAAUGAUCUUUGCCCCAUGAGCUGUGAGGAGCUGAACCCUAGGAUCCCAGGUGUAGGGGAGGAGCUGUGCCAGUGGAGGUAUAACACCUGUGGCCCUGCCUGUCCAAUCACCUGCCAGCACCCAGAUCCGCUCCACUGUUCACUCGCGUGUGUGGAAGGCUGUCAUGCCUACUGCCCCCCAGGCCAACUAUUGGAUGAGGUGGCCAUGCGAUGUGUAGAUCCCUCUCAGUGCCAGGUGUGUAUCCAUGAGGGUCAGAGAAUCUCCCAUGGCAACAAAGUCAUUCUGAACCACGAUGACCCCAACCACUGCAAGAUAUGCCAUUGUGACAACAACACCCUGACCUGUGAAGCUUGUACCUCCGUCACCUUGUUCACCACUCCCACACCAACACCCUCCUAUGCCACCUUCACAUCCAUUCCCUUCAGCACCUUGAUGCCCGAGGGCACAUGUGACCGUGCAAUGGAUCUAGCGUUCUUGUUAGAUGGUUCAGAAGCCCUGAGCGAAGAUGAAUUUCAGGCAACGAAAGAGUUCAUACUGGGAGUGGUUGAGCGAUUCCGCAUGGGCUCAGCUCACACUCGAGCUACAGUUCUGCUUUACCACUCUGGAGUCAAAACAUAUGACCUGCAGGUUCAGAAGUGGCUGUUUAAGAAGACUGUGCAUGAGCUGCAUUAUACAGGAGGAGAUUCAGCCUUCUUGGAUGAGGCUGUCAAAUAUCUGGCUAUCAACAUCUAUGACAAGAAUAAGCGCGAGAAUGCUGGCCGUGUCGCUAUUAUCUUAACUGCCAGUGCUAAUCCUCGUCCUGUCCGUUCCAUUGUCAAGAUGCUCCGCAAAAAAGCCAUCACCACCCUGACAGUGGCACUGGGUCCUGGGGUAGACAUGGGGCAAAUCAAUGACAUUACCAAAGCCAAUGUGGACAACAGGGCUUAUGUGCUGAGCAGCACAGGUGAGCUGUCUGAUCGUCUGUUAGACCUAACAGAUUACCUCUGCACCUUGGGGAUGGAGCCUGAGGGGGUGAAACCUCCAGCACCAAAGUCCACACCAAGUAAAGCUCAAAAGACCACAACUACCACCACCACUCUCGUUCCUCAUCUGGAACCAAACCCCACACAUCUCCCCAACAUUCCUGCGUCUACCGCACCCUCUGGCCUAUCCCCCAUCACCACGUUGCCGUCUUCCCUCUCUCCAGCCAAAGAGGUGACAUUCAUCCUGGAAGGCUCUGAUUCUGUCGGCGAGACCAACUUUAACAAGUCGCUGCUCUUCCUGGAGGAGGUUAUCUCACAGCUUACACAGGAGGAAGAGUUCAUUCGCAUCACUGUGAUCCAGUACUCAAUAACUGUCACUGUGGAGAUCAGUCGCUGGGAGGUGAGGCGUCAGAGAACCCAACUGCUGCAACGACUGAGGGAGAUUCGUUGGAGGGGUGGAAGUAAGACAAACACUGGGGCAGCUGUCACUACAGUUAUCCAAGAAAUGGCUACAGUCCAGCCCCCAGCCGGUCCCACCCCUCCUCAGCUUGUCUUCCUCGUGACAGAAAACCCACCGACUGACACUGUUACACGCCCACCAUCUACGCGCACCCACACACAUGUGUACCCCAUUGGUGUUGGACCAAAGGUACGUGAAAUUGACUUGUUGCCAUUCAGCUCCCCUCAACGCCCGCUGAUGGUGGAUGACUACAACCAUCUGACAACCCUGGUCCACCGCGUAGUCAAUAUCACACACACCACUGUCAUUCCACGCUCACCUACACUGCCUCCUCUCGUCGUCCCAACGCACGCCAGCCUGCCACCCACAGUGCCGUGUAAGAAACCUGUGGAUGUGAUGUUCCUGUUGAAGGCUGGAGAGCAGUUUGAAGACAUGAAGACAUUUGUCAAAGCUUUCAUCAGCAGUGCUGACAUAGGGCUGAAUAGCACACAGGUGAGUGUGGUUCAGUACGGCGACACCAACACAGCAGAGAUCACAUGGAGGAAUGAACAGAGCAAAUCGGAGCUCCUGAAACUGGUGGAACGCAUUCGGAGCAGGACCACGGCAGCCCCCGCACUAGGGUCUGCACUGCGAUUCGCUGUGCAGACAUCUAUCUCGCCAGUCAGUGGGAGAAGAGUUGGUGUGGCCAAGGCUGUGGUGAUGUUGGUGACUGACAAAUCAACUGAUGAUAUCAAAGAAGCAGCUAAUGAGGCUCUGGCAGCAGGUGUGUCAGUGUUCCCCAUUGGGAUCGGACCAGGAUAUGACAGGGGUGAAGUUGAUGUGCUUGGUCGCCAUGGCAACCAAGACAACUCAUUGCACCUGAACAGCAUGGAUCAGUUACGGAUGUUGCUGACUCUGGACAAUAGUUACACCGAGAGGAUCUGCAGAGCGGGUCCACCAGGAGUGUGUGUUGAUGAUAAUGGAAAUGAGAGAAAGCCUGGCGAGUCCUGGCUGCUGGAGGACGGCUGCCACUCUCUCCUGUGCCACCCCAGCGGGGCAGUGACAGUACAGAAUCACAAAGUCAGCUGUGACAGACUGGAGCCGCCAGCCUGCAGAAACAACAUGCCGCCUGUCAAAGUCCAGGAGGCCUGUGGCUGUCACUGGGAAUGCCCCUGCAUGUGUAUGGGCAGCUCCACCAAUCACGUGGUGAGGUUUGACAGCUUGGCACUUAGGCUGGACGGAGAGGGUUUGUGCUCUUACACACUUCUCACUGUCAGCAGAGGCGUCAGUGAAGGGUCAGAGGUCAAACUCCACACUGGACCUUGUCAAGACUCUGCGAAUUACAACCAAGUCUGCAUGAAAGCCAUGGAGGUGAUCCAUGGACCGCAUAAGCUGCUGCUGAAGGAUGACAUGACGGCAGUGAUUGAUCGGGAGGAGCUUGCAUUGCCGUGGCGGUACGCUGGCCUGGAGCUGGUGCGUUAUGGAGGAGUGAUGCUGCAGCUGAAAUCAGAUCACGGCUAUGUCUUGACUUUCACCCCUCAGAGCAACGAGUUUACCAUCACAUUACUCAGCUCGACCACCAGUGAUCAAACUGCUGGACUCUGCGGUGCCUGCGGGGAGGAGAAAGUUAAUGUCCUGUCUUUACGUGAUGGCAGCUCGACUGCCGACCAGCCAGCCUUUAUCUCAGACUGGACUGUGGCUGCGGACGGUGGCGUGUGCCUGCCAAAACGGAGGGCAGUGUGUGUGUCUGGUACAGCGAUGGGAUGUCAGGCCCUGCGUUCUGAAGUGUUUGAACCAUGUCACGCAUACAUUCCCGUCCAAGUUUUUCUCAGCAAGUGUGAGGAGCAGGCAUGUGAGGAGUCUGAUGUGUGCGAGCUAAUUUCUGCCUACGCACGCCUCUGUAGACAAAGAGGCGUGUGCGUGGCUUGGAGGAGACCCCACCUCUGUCCAUUACAGUGCCCGAGUUCCAUGGAGUAUGAUGCAUGUCGGACAGGGUGUGUACAGGACUGUGGUAGCCUACAGACGUUGCCAGGCGACUGGUCGGUUGCUAGGGGUAACGAGUCAUCCUGUAUGGACACACCUACUGAAGGCUGUUUCUGUACUGGAGGGAUGGUUUUGCAUCAUGGACAGUGUGUAUCACCAGAGGCAUGUGGCCAGUGUGUCGACAAUCAUGGGAACACAUAUAUGUACAUGCAGAGUUGGGUACCGGAUGAAAACCCAUGCUUGAUUUGCAUGUGCUUGGACGAACAGCGCAUCAACUGCACUGCACGGCCCUGCAAUGACGUCAAAGCUCCAGUGUGUGGACCCUGUGAGAUCUUGAAAGAGAAGAGAGAAAACAAGUGCUGCCCUGAGUAUGAGUGUGUGUGUGAUCUGGUGAAUUGUGACCUACCUGAAGUGCCCCGUUGUGAGGAUGGUCAAACUGUGGUCCUGAAAAACCCCGGAGAAUGUCAGCCGAUACACGAGUGCGUGUGCAAAAAGGAAGACUGCGCUCUUCAAGCUCCCCCCUCUUGUCCAGCACAUCGCCAACUGUCAGUCAAAAAGACAAAAUGCUGUGAUGUGUUUGAAUGUGCGUGCAGCUGCCAGAACUCCACCCACAGCUGCCCCACUGGGUUCAUCACAUCCACCUCUACCAACGAUUGUGGCUGCACUGAGACCAACUGCCUGCCAGACAAGGUGUGCGUGGUUGGUGGCGUGGUUCAUCCGGUGGGGAGUGAAUGGGAGGAAGGCUGUGAGAAAUGCAGCUGCUCCCAGCUGCAGGACAAAGACACAUCGCUCCACGUUGCACAGUGUAAACCGCCUGUUUGUGAUCAGACCUGCCCUCUGGGCUCAACAUACACUCCUUCAAAAGGAGAGUGCUGCGGGAAGUGCUCACCAACCAGCUGUGUGGAGUCAGAGGGAGGGAUGCGAGGGGACACACUUAUUGGGGGAAACCUCAGACAUGUGGGUGAGGUCUGGCCGUCUCCACAUGAUAAAUGUGUCUUACAUCAGUGUAUGAAAGUGAAAGAUGAGGUGUUCAUCUCUCCAACAAACGUCAGCUGCUCUGCUAUGGACGCUCCAUCCUGCCCGCUGGGAACUGAGCUUCGCUGCGACACCCAGGACUGCUGUCCCCACUGCCACUGUGCCCCUAUGGAUGCCUGUGUUCUCAAUCACACUGUGAUAGGGGCAGGGGAGAGGAUGAUGGUGGAUGUGUGUACACACUGUGAGUGUAUCGUGGAGGACGGUGCAGUGAAGAAAUACAGACUGUCCUGCAGGCGAAUCAGCUGUCCCUCUUGCCCCAUGGGAUACACGCUGCAGAAGGAGGAAGACGCUUGCUGUGGUCGCUGCGUUCCCACUGCCUGCGUCAUGCAAAGGCCCGACGGAAAACUCCUCAAUCUGCAGGUGAACACUACUAGCGAGGACGGUUGCAACUUGUAUUCCUGUGGCGUAAACGGUAAAGGAGAUCUUGUCCUGCAGACCAAAGUGACCACCUGCCCUCCUUUUAACCGCCAAGCCUGCCUGGACCAGGGGGGGAAAGUGAGCCAGAUUGGAACCACCUGCUGUGAGAUGUGUACUGAGCCAGAGUGUCGAAGGACAGCAGGAACGCUUGACUACAUUAAAGUGGAUGACUGCCAAUCAGAGCAGCAGAUAGAACUGCACUACUGUGAGGGAAAAUGUCGCAGUAAGUCCAUGUACUCCCUGCAGAGGGCUGCUGUGGAGCAAGAGUGUGUGUGCUGUGCUGCCGUGGAGACAGAGCCGCUCAGUGUUCCCGUCUUGUGUGCAAAUGGCACUCAUAGCCACCACACUGUCCAGUCUGUCACUGCAUGCGACUGUCUAUCCAAACACUGCACCUAGAGAAGGCAAGAGAGAGUCUAUAAAUGUCCAUGCUUUGUGUGUAUCCAAGUAAAAUGUACCCGUAAAAACAAUAGCUACAUAAAAAAAACAAUAGCUACAUAAAAAAAACAAUAGCUACAUAAAAAAAACAAUAAAACAAAGUUGCCAGUUUCUGUAAGCAUCACCUUUCUGUGUUUUGUUUUAAUUUGGAUAUUCCUGGUGAAAUGUGUUUGUAAAAAUUGAUGUGUGCAUGAAAAGUGUAAUGACUCCCUCUGGUUAACAAGCAGGUUUUGUUUACUUUGCCAACACUUUUAUAUGGGUUAUUUAACAUUCAUGAGUGAAAUAUGUGAUCAAUACCAUGAGUGAACAUUUCCAUCUUGAAAUCGCAGUAUACCAAUGAUUGUGUCAAAAACAUGGCUUCAGACUUCUAAAUAUAUAUAACAAACUUAAAGAACCAAUUCUGUCAGCUCACAGGGUGAGGCUUUCUGGGUCAUUAUUCUUCUUCAGAAUCUGUUCAGCUGAAUUAUUCCAAUAUUCUGUAACUUGCCUUUGUGUAGUGUAGAGUAGUUAUACCGUGUUUGAACGGAGUCUCAAGCAAACUGAGUGGCAGAGGGGUGGGUGGAGAUAAAGCAGGGACCUCAUAAGCCAUAAUAUUCUUAAGGAUGCAACAGCUUAGAGUUGCAUCUAAGCCAUUUUAAGGCAUGAUGGGAUUUUCAUGGAAAAAAAAGUCUAAAAAUGGAACUUUAAAUGACAGAGGUGUGGAGGGGGUUUAGGUUUAAGGGUUUUACCAGUGACCUGAAAGGGACCUGGAAAGCUGUUUUCUGAUAUUCUGUUUUAUCAGGUUUCUGAAAUUAUCUGUGAAUUUUAAACAAAAUAAAAACCCAAGUGGAGGAA